AGCGCAGACUAGAGAGAGAGAGGAGAGGAGAAGGGAGGAAAAGGGAAGAGGACCAACGUGUACGGCAUGACUUCGUUGUAUUUCUAGCCUGGAUUUAUCCUCGGAUAUUGCUCUGCUUCUCUCCGCGGCGCGGCUCAGCUGCUCCGUUAUGUCGGCGCGCAGUCAGGAUGUGAGGAAUGAAACAAGUCUGGAGGAAUCCUGCUCCCGAACCGUCCGUCCGGCGGUCGUGUGACAUCUGAGCACAGUCGUGAUCGCCAGCCUCACGUCCAAAGUUGCUGUCUUUUGUCCUUCCGCGCGGGGUAUUUUCGCUCUGGAUGGGAUGUGAUCUUCUGGCAGGAGAAACUCCUCUGGAAGACUGAGAGACUCUGACAGGGAAAGAUGGGAGACGACGGGGGGAUGAGACGGACCUUCAUCGUUCCCACCAUCAAGAGCUUCGACCACUACGACUUCAGCAGGGCCAAGAUCUCCUGCAGCCUGACCUGGCUGGUGGCCAAGGCUUUUGGCUCGGAUGAGGUUCCGGAGGAUCUGGCGGACCCCUUCUACAGGGACCAGUACAAACAGGAACACCUGAAGCCUCCCGUGGCUCUGCUGCUCCAGUCGGCUGAGCUCUACUGUCGGGCAGGAAGCCUGAUCCUCCGCAGCGAUGCGGUCAAACCUCUACUGGGACACAACGCUGUGAUCCAGGCCCUGGCUCAGAAAGGCCUCUAUGUCACUGACCAGGACAAACUGGUCACGGAGAGAGACCUCAGCCGCUCGCCCAUACAAAUGACGUCACACAUGGCGCUCAUCGAUACCCUCAUGAUGGCGUACACGGUGGAGAUGGUGAGCGUGGAGAGAGUCAUGACCUGCAUCGAGCGCUUUUCCUCCGCCGCGCCUACAGACAAUGACAAAGACGUCCAGGAGCUGCCUUAUGACACGGAGGACGCCAUCACCACCUGGAUCAAUAAGGUGAAUGAACACCUGCGGGACAUUUUGGUCGAAGAGCAGAAGCUGAGAGAAGCUUCCCUUCAAGAAUCCUCCUCAGCACACAAGGCUCGAUACAGGAGGGAGCAGGCUCAGCAGAAGAGCGCUCCGUCUCUCCCCCUGGUGGACAACCUGCUGAAGGACAACACAGAUGGAUGCGCCCUGACUGCUCUGCUGCACUUCUACUGCCCGCAGGCUGUUCGGCUGGAAGAUAUCUGCCUGAAGGAGACCAUGUCAUUAGCUGACAGUCUGUACAACCUCCAGCUGGUGCAGGACUUCUGCAGGACCAACCUCAACCGCUGCUGCCACUUCAGCCUGGAGGAUCUGCUCUAUGCACAUGCUUCUAUAAAGAGUAACUACCUGGUGUUUAUGGCUGAGCUGUUCUGGUGGUUUGAAGUGGUGAAACCCUCGUUUGUACAGCCCAGAACCUUUGACCCAAAUGUGUGUGAGGUUGUCACCAACAUGGCGCCCGUGUCCAGCCCGGUCAAACAGAACUAUGCAGACAGACCCGAUAGCCCAGAAAGUAUCCCCCCUGCAGGUAUUAUGAAGAAAUCUACCUCAAUGUCUUUUGUGGACGGCUGUGUCGGAACAUGGCCCAAAGAGAAAAGGACGACUUCGCGGGGAAUUUCCUUUGAGAUUCCUCUGGAUGGCGACGCCACAAUGCCGCCAUGUGAAGCUGCAGCCUCCCGUGGGAUGACGCGCUCGGCCAGCAGCGACGGACUGGGUUUCAAAGUUCACUAUGCACCUCGAGGAGGCAUGAAGCGCCAUGUCUCCCUCACGCCUGUUAAUGUAAACGGCCAGGGUGGACACAUACAGGAGGAGGAGGAAGACGUCACCUCCAACAAGCCUCUGGCACGGAACAACACCUUCUCCGUCAAGAACCAAAGCAGGUGCUCCAAUGGAGUUCUUCCUGAUCACAGCCCUAGCUAUCACCACGGUAACCGUAUUGGCCACCGAAGCCCUUCAACUCCUCCGAGCAUAGAGGAAGCCCUGAAGAUCAUCCACAACACAGAGCUGCCCCACGCCAGCCUGAGCGUGGGCAGCGCAGACAAUGGUUUCUUUCUUCACGGGGGAGAGCCAAGCGGCGUCCCGGGUCGAGGAGACGACCCGGGUUCGGCUAAAACUCAGUUUAAUGACCAUGAUGCUAACUCAGUGUCCACUGAUGAGGUGGACACAGGCAUCCACGUGAGGACAGAGGACAUCCAAAGCUUGGACGAGGACUCCUCCUCUCUAAGAGACUAUUCAGACAUGGACCCUGACUGUGAAGCCAUGACCCGGUCGUGCCCCCUGCCUGCGAGGAGUAGCAGCCAAAGCAAAGCAGUUUAUGCUCCUAAAGCUGACAGUAGAAGCAGCGACGGAGUUAUGAGAGGCAACUCAGCGCCCACCCUCCCCAGAUCCCACACUGUCAGUCCUGCAUCGUCCUCGGGCGGAUCCGGCGGGGCAUUGGUGCGGAUGACCAGCUUCGCUGAACAGAAGUUCAGGAAGUUGGAGGGGAGGAGCAGCGGAGGAACAACGCCAGAGAGUUCAGAUUCUGGUUCACCGUAUACGCAGAGAAACAACCUUCAGAUCUCUUCCCCGCCUCUGCCAAUCACUACGCCCGCUCGCAGAGACCCCUCGCAUUUGAUAGCGUCAGAGAUGAUCCAGCUGAGGAUGAAACUUGAAGAGAAACGCAGAGCAAUUGAAGCCCAGAAGAAGAAGGUAGAAGCUGCCUUCACUCGUCAUCGCCAGAGAAUGGGAAGAACAGCUUUCCUCAAUGUGGUGAGAAGAAAAGGAAUCACCGCUCCUCUCAGCCAGAGUGAAUCACAAACUCCGGAGGCGGUGGUGUCCUCGAAGCCGCCGAGCCCGGGCAACAUGGAACGAGCCGAGCGAUGCAAGCCGGACGGAGCGGCACCCAAAACGCCUUGCGAGGAUGGAGGAGGUGUGACUCCGGCUGAGAUGGACUUGGCUGAAUACACGCGGUCCAUCGAGCGGCUGAACACGUCGCUGGGGUUCCUGCAGAACGAGAUGCAGCGUUUGGCUCAGCAGCAGGAAAAGAUCAUGGCCAUGAGAGACCACCAGCAGCAGCAGCAGCAAGCUUGGGUCAUCCCGCCUCCCGCCCCAUCUCCUCACAGGCAGCUGCGUGAGUUACGCAGCAGCAGCGUCGCUGGCCGAGGCUCCGUCGGCUCCCUGUCCCCUAUUCUGUCCUCGUCUGGCUCCAACCGCACUUCUAACCGUUCCUCCUCGGGCAUCAAGCGGCGACCUGCGUCCUUUCACGCCAGGACGCCUCGAACUCCACGACCAACAGAUCUAAAGGUCACACCUUUCAGCCGAAUGCUGAACACGCCGACUUCCGUGGACAGCUUACCCAGACUGAGGCGCUUCACCAUGAGCCAAACCCAAAGCAGCUCUUUUGCCUACCUGGGGAAUGAGGAGGCGACAAGCAAGGACAAAAGUGAGGCUGAGACGACGUGUGUCACCGCCCCUCACUCGCUCAAAAGUGGAGGACGUGAGGAACAGGAGGAGGGAGAUCAGUCUAAGGAUAACGUUGAACAGUCAAGGACUGCAGAGGUUCUGAUCCAGCCGAUGUCCGAGAACAGAGGAGAACCUCAGGACAGGAGGGAGGCUGCAGAGAGUGUGUCUGGACCAAAGCCUGCUGGGACUCAGGGAGAGAGUGGAGGGGACGCCUGGGGGGAGGAGCAGAAGAUGUGCUGUGGAUUCUUCUUCCAGGACGAUGUGAAACAAGACGACGACAUGGCAGCGAAGAAAGCAGCGCUGCUGGAGAAAAGGUUGAGAAGAGAAAAGGAGGCUCAGGAGAAGAAGCAACAGCUGGAGCAGGAACUGGAGCAGAAGAGAGAAGCUGCUCGGUUGAAAGCCGAGGAGGAGCAGCAGAAGAAAGAGAACGAGAAGGCCAGAAGAGAAUACAUCAAGAACGAGUAUCUGAGGAGGAAGCAGCUCAAACUGAUGGAGGACAUGAACGAAGUCAUCAAGCCUCGAUCUGGAAGCCUCAAGAAGAAGCCGCGACCCAAGUCCAUCCACAGAGACAUCAUGGAGCCGUCCAUCCCUGCUAAAGUGACAGGGGUGCGUCCUCGAGGGUUCUCUGUGUCUAGUGUGUCUCUGGCCUCACUGACACUGGCCGACCAUGUGGAGAACAAGAAGGCAAACAGAGGCAACAAAGUAGCCUCUUCGCAUGUUCCGUUCUUUCUAAACUCUCCUAAAGAAAGAAAGGGAAGGCCCGACUCCACCGAUGGGUUUUCAUCUCACCCAUCUACCGGCAGUCGCAAUGGAGAGAAGGACUGGGAGAACGAUUCCACCACGUCGUCGACUCCUUCAAACACAGAGUACACAGGACCUAAACUAUACAAGGAACCCAGUGCAAAGUCCAACAAGUACAUCAUCCAGAACGCGCUGGCUCACUGCUGCUUAGCCGGGAAGGUCAACGAGGGUCAGAAAAACAAGAUACUUGAUGAAAUAGAGAAGUCGGAAGCCAACAACUUUCUGGUGCUGUUCCGUGACGCCGGCUGCCAGUUCAGGUCGGUCUACGCCUACUGUCCAGAGGCGGAGGAGAUCACCAAGCUGGCCGGCAUCGGCCCCAAAACCAUCACCCCCAAGAUGAUCGAGGGCUUGUACAAGUACAACUCGGACAGGAAGCAGUUCAGCUUGAUCCCGGCCAAAACCAUGUCCGCCAGCGUGGACGCCAUCACCAUCGCCAACCACCUGUGGCAGUCGAAGAAACAGGCCGCGCCGAAAAAACUGCAGCCCAAGUAGGGGACGAUAGGAAAGAUGGCGUCUGGAUAUCACAACUGGAAUGUAGAACAGGCGAGUCUGUUCAAAAGCAGCCACACUCUGGACACGUUUGUGGGCAGCAUGUGUGUUUGUCUGCCAAAUAAAGAAAGGAUUCAAAAGGCGCGCAGAUGCCUUACCUAGAAGAACCACUGAUGCACUGAAUGUCACGCCUCUGACGGAGGCUGUAUGGUCUCUAGAUGUUCAUUUUCGUGGCCUUAUGCUUGUUUUGUGUCAAAUGUUGUCUCCAUGUUUGUUGAGAAAACCGCGCUGUUUUCCGAUGUGCUCUGUAGAGUGACUGAAACUGUUUGGUGUGUCGUGAAGUGCCAAGAAAAUCAGAUCUUCAAGCGUGCCGUCAACAAAACCUGGAAACUCCACUUGAGAGACACUAUUUAUUUUCAUAACACUCUCAUAUUCUAAACCUAAUAGAUUAUUUUAAUGUCAGUUUGUAUAUAACAUGAUCACCUUUUUAACACAUCACAUGCUUCUUUCUCAAACCCCUGACAUCAGUGCUGACCACUCUGUGCAAUCGAAGAAUAAGUUAUAGCACUACAGCUCCAAAACACUCGAAAUGUCACUUUAAUGGGCAGAUUGUCUUAACAUCAGACCUUAUAUGGGGUCCACUGUUGUAAAUAAAGCACUUCAAGACGUGUCAAUUGACGUCUUAAGUUGAUGAAUAUACUCAGAGAUGUUCCCACUUUUCAGUCAUGCUUUUGUAUUUUCAUGUUGCGGUCGUGUUAUUUGAACGUGUGUUGACACUGUACAGAUAUAUUUUGGCAUAAAAAGUAUUUUUUGUAAGCGUUUAUCUGAGGGCGUGUGCUGGGGACGGACGUGAAAGGACGUUGUGGCUGGGAACAAUGAAUGGAGUCAGGUUUUAUUCUGGUGCAGUAAUGUGUAUUUUUGGUUUUUUAUUUCACUAAAUAUGCUUAACAGUCGAUGAAAUCCCUUGUUUAUUAUUUGAGCGUAAAUAAAAAGCCAGCUACCAACAGUGCCUCCUGGU